AUGGUACCGCAUGCUGCAGGCACAUCUGAGGCAAAUAUAGGCGACACGCAGACUCGCUUUCCAGAACCGACACUUCAAGAACAUGGCCCGGUUUCUGGAACGGCUCUUGCUCACCCUUAUCCUUCUGGUAGCGCGCACUCGUUUCCAGCUCCGUAUGGCAGCCCACCGCCUCACCGCAUAGAGUCCUUACCCUCACCUGCCAUGGCCAACAAUGCGCCUGAACUCAGCUCUUGUAUGACGGAGGGCAACGAAAUCUCCUAUGCAAGCAAGAUAUCAGGUGGUGGCCAACCUGCUCUGCCGCAGCAUGUGAUAAACCAUCCACCAGCUGGGAAGACGAUACAGGCCACACCGGUUUCGCCAAAAGCCUCGGGCGUAAAGUCCAGUCGUCUCCCUUCAAGCAAUGUUCCGAGAAAAGCACCACUUCGAGGCAAUUCGGGCUCGUCAAAAUCGCCGUCCCAACACACAAAUCGGAAGAUUUCGAAGCCCAGACAAACGCAACUGAGUAGCCAACCAGAAAGUUCUACCGAUACUGCAACACCAACACAAAAGCGUCGCCGAGUCCCAACUAAAAGAUGCCAGAGCAUUACAAGACAGAGCCCGGUAGUGCUAAUUAAGGUGGGGAGGAGUGGGAAAGGGACGAAGAAAGACGAUAUUCAAGAGAGCAGGGACGACCAGAAAGAAGAGGGGGGGUCGAGAAAGAAGAGAAAGGGCAAUGAGCAUGAGAACGAUGCCACCAGAACUACUGUGUCAGGCAGGGUACCUGGCGAAGGUAGGAAUAUAACAAAAAACUUUCUCCAAGGGACAAAAAUAGUCAGAUCGACCUAUGUACCUUCGUCACUCCUUCCAAACCGCACUGUCAGGCGACGCCCAAUGUAUGACUACGACGUGCCUCUAGAACUAGAAGGCAUACGUCAAGCUCUCGGUCCCGACGACUGGAACGAAUACGUCUACCUCAUGGAAGCCCUCUGGCUCAACAAAGUCACAGCCCACGAAUUCGAACAAGGCGCUAAACCGCUGUUCCAGUUUCACCUCGAGGGCAUGCGCAAGAGGAUGAAUAGCGUUAUGGUGGUCAAGAUGAUAAUGCCGCGACUGGAGCAGGUACGGGAGGAACUGAUGGCCAUGUCGAGUGCGGUUCCACGGUGA